AUGGCCUCCAACCAGCCCCAGCGCCCUGGACCACCCUACCCCGUUUCUUCCCCGCCCUCCCCUCGGUCCAACCCGGCCGACAACAACAUCCUCGGCCAGCCGGCGUACCUCGUCACCUGGGAAAAGCGUGAUAACACUUCACCACAACUGAGGAGAACACCACUUCCCACAACCAGCGCUCUACGCUCGGCGUGGAACGGCAGUGAUGCGGGUGCUGCUUGCCAGCACAGACUUCUUGUUCUGCAUCAUGGCUACCUCCAAGAGUUUGCCGAUGCCGUGCUCUCGCUAGUAGCCAUGGACCGCGCCUUCGUCGACUGUAUCGCGGCCCGGCGCGCGUACCGCCCCGCGUCGGCCGUGCGGGACCGCGCGCUGCGGGCUGCCGGGGUUAAGUUCGGGAAACGGCCCUGGCGUAUGUGGGAUUACCCUGAGCUGCUGCUGCAGGAAGGGUCCGUGUCAGGUGAUGGUUUUACGCCUGUGAGACGGUUCCAGGGAAAGGCCGGGGCGGUAGCGGCCGUUUUCUGCCGUGCGUGGUUAUGGAAGGGGGAAGGUGUGGAUGUGCUGUUUCUGGAUGGCCCCGUGGCAGGGGCGGGAGUGCGCAGGAUCAGGCGGGAGAGCGGCGGUAGCAGUAGGCAGGCCGUUGAUGCUAAGGACAGCGAGACGGAGAGCUUGGAGGAUGUGCUCUGGGAUGCUAUCAGGGGUCGGGAACCGGAGGGGGGUGGCUGGGGGUACGAAGACGGUCUUGACCAUCUCCUGGUUGAGAUUGUUUAUUGCCGUUGGCUGGAGCUGUUUGAUGUCCUUGAACCUCAGCCGCGGGCUCUGUCGGACGAGACCAUUGCCGGGUACUGGCAGAUCUUGCAGUCACUGGAGCUGAACGAAGAGGAGGACGGUCAUCAACGCUGGGCCGGUCUCAUGAGCAGAGCGCAACGCCGCAUCGCCUUGCUACCUCCACCCAGGGACAGGGUAUCCAGGGCACCGCCGGCAACCUCGAGAGAAACAACGGGCAUUACGGUUUCCAGCACGCCGAGAAACAAGACCAUCAGCCGCACGGGGACAUUCAAUCGGUCUCUUAAGAGCGGAUACCCGAGACAAGCCAAUGAUGAUCAGAAAAGGCUGGCCGACGAGAACCAGCGUGCCCUCGACCGUAUUAGCUAUAUGGGCGGUAUCCUGAUCCCUUUACCAAUCGUCGCGGGCAUCCUCUCGAUGGGAGAGACCUUUGGCCCCGGCGGUCCCAGUUUCUACAUAUUUUGGGCUGCCGCCAUUCCUCUGUCGUUUCUAACUGUCCUGAUCAUCUACGCGGACACGAUCCGUAGGGCCGAGGUCUGGGUCGAGAUAGCGCCAGAGCGCGUAGAGCCGACGCCGGACAGCAGCACGAAGAGCAGCAAGGAGGACAUUGGGCCAGUCAAUGUCGAGGUUAAGCGCCAAACGACGGUUACUUGGAAGCGUCCGGAGGAGCCGCAGCAGGGGCAGCAUGGGUCGGAAACCUCGUCGCAGGAUGCGGUGGUGUUUGCUCUUGACCACGACGUCGAGGAGCGCAUGACCGGCAUGCCGCUGGCGGCGGCUGCGGCUACUGUACAACCGUCAGACGAGGAAGUGGCAGCGGCAGUCUUGGAUCUGAUCCCUGGUCCGGAGAGGUGGGGUACAGGACUGGUGCAGCCUCCGGGCAUCAUCUUGGAGCAGCCCGCCGAUGGGUCAAGGCCGAGGGCUUGGAAGCGACAGGAGCUGGGAUGGUAUGGCGCGGUCAAGUCCAUCGUUUACAAGAAGCCCAGACCUGGGGAUAAUAUCCCCGUGGGCGUGCCGGCGACUCCGAAACCUGACAGGCGGAAGACCAGGUCGUUCUGA